AUGGCGGACGGCGGCGAGGCGAAGCGGCCGAAAGGGGUGCAGGCUGAGGAGAGGAAGGUGGACUGGCGGCGCUGGAAGCAGGAGAGGAAAGCAGAGAAGAAAAAAUGGAAGGAGAUGAAGCUACUGAAGAAACUGGAAAAACAGCGGAUGCAGGAGCUGGCAGAAAAACAAGCCAAGAAGCAGGAGGAGCAGAAGGAAGACAAAGGGCGCCACUACACGCUGAGCGUAGCCCUGCCAGGCUCUAUCUUGAACAAUGCCCAGUCGCUGGAGCUGCGGACAUACCUUGCUGGACAGAUUGCUCGGGCCUGUGCCAUCUUCUGCGUGGAUGAGAUUGUGGUGUUUGACGAGCAUGGAGAAGAUGUAAAGAGUGUGGAGGGGGACUUUGAGGGAAUUGGGAGGAGAGGCAAGGCUUGCGUGCAGCUGGCUCGGGUCCUGCAGUACUUGGAGUGCCCUCAGUACUUGAGGAAAUCCUUUUUUCCAAAACAUGAGGAUCUGCAGUUUGCAGGGCUCCUCAACCCCCUGGACAGCCCCCACCACAUGCGGGUGGAUGAGGAUUCAGAGUACCGAGAAGGUGUAGUGUUGGACCGGCCAACUAAGCCGGGCAGAGGCUCUUUUGUUAACUGUGGGAUGAGGAAGGAGGUGCAGAUCGACAGACAGCUGAACCCCGGUCUGCGAGUCACUGUGCGCCUGGAGGAACCCCAAAAGCCAGAAGCUAAAGUGCAGAAAGGCACCGUGGUGUCCUCACACCACCCUCGGACGGUGUCAGGCUUGUACUGGGGUUACAGCGUCCGCCUUGCCUCCUGCUUGAGUGCUGUCUUUUCAGAGUGCCCGUUCAAGGAAGGCUACGAUCUCUCUAUUGGGACCUCAGAGCGGGGCAGCUCCGUGGACCAGGCCACUCUCCCCUCCUUCAAGCAUGCCCUUGUCGUGUUUGGAGGUCUUGAGGGCUUGGAAGCUGGGGUUGACGUGGACCCAAACCUGGAGGUCACUGACCCAAGCGUCUUGUUUGACUUCUACCUGAAUACUUGUCCCAGCCAAGGCAGCAGAACCAUCCGGACAGAGGAAGCACUGUUGAUCUCUCUGUCUGCGCUGAGACCCCACAUCGAUGAGGCUGUGAAGACACCCAGCGACAGCUGAGGGAAGGAAAACCACCGACCUUGCCAUCAGCUGAGGACUGCCUCGGGGAAGCGGCUGUUCAAAUGCAGGGUGCUGAGCAAAUCACUCCAAGAGCCUGGCAGGGCCAAGACACAGCGUGACUAAAGCUGGCAGCGCUCCUCGACCGAGCGUCUGGCUGCUGUUGGGAGCAGCAAGUCUGCGCCCUCCUGCCUGUAUGGUCCAGCCAAGGGCUGGUCGCUGCCUCUCAGCAGCUGGGACCAGCCUGGCAGCAGACUGGGUCUCAGCAAUUCAGAUGUCUGGGGUGGGGAAUAAAGCGGUAUGG